UUUUGUCGACGGUGGUAAGAGGAGCGGAUCGGUGACGUCGCGUCGCGUCUCAAGUAAACACGCGAGUGCACGCAAGAGCGGGUCCACGGCUUUCGCACGAAAAUCGCCGACGUACCGCGGGCGACGACGUUUGGGAUGAGCCGCCUGUGCCGCCGCGGUUGUUCGCCGAACGACACGAUUUUGGGAAUAUAAAUCGCGUAAUCGUGCUCUAUCCCCCGCAACUUGUGAACGAUCGAGUAAUAUCGGAAUAGUACACGAUACUACUACUGCUGCGCGCCAAGCAAGCGACCCAAGUGGACAAUAUCAUCGUCGCCGCCGACGAGGAUCGCGAGUGCACGCGAUGAUGUUGCGUCGUCCAAUGCUCGCGUAGACAACCCCGUUGUCGCCGUCGCCGUGGUGGUCGUCGUCGUCUUCUUCUUCUCGCUCUUCGUUUCUAGAUCGACUGCGCGGCGAACCGCGGUGGACUCAUGGAAGGCACGUUGGAGGAGCCUGGUAUUAAGGACUCGUCUAGGAGCAGUCCCGACAGACACUUGAAAGAUAUGAUUAUUCCAAAUGGUGUCAACGGAAACUAUAGCGCUGACAACGAAGAGUACAUGGAUAUUAGUGACAAUAUAAGCAAGAAUAUAUCAAAAGAAUUUGUCACGGAAGAUGAAGAGGGUGACGAAGAAGAUGGGGAUGAUGAAGAGGAUGGGGAUGAUGACGAGGAUGGUCAAGAUGAAGGAGAAAUCGAGAAUCAAGAAAAAAAAGAUGAAGAUAGUGAGCAAAAUGAAGCAAUAGGUAACUAUAGUCAGGAGGGUGAAAUAUUUGACUCGAGAAAUGACUUUAAAGUAUCCAAAUUGUCGGAUGGUGUCAGUGAGACGAACAAUUCUAGUGAAGUGUCUAAAACUGCAUCUGAGUGUAAAAACACAUCUUGUGAAGCUAUGGAAGUAGACGAACAGAGUAAUAACUCUGAUGUCGAGUGUCUUGAUGAAAGCAUUACGGAAAUACAAUUGGAUAAUGACGAUGUGUUUAUUUCGAAAAAAAUUAUCGAAAAGCAAGAUAAUGAUAUGUCGUCAAACUGUAGCUGUGACAGUAGUGAACUUGCUGACAGCAGCAUGGAGAAGUCGGAUAUCAAGCUCUGCGAAGAGAAUGGAAGCUGUGACAGUCCAGAUAUCGAAGAAAUAACAGAUAGCGCAAAGAACAAUGGUCAUAAUGCUUCAGAUCCACGUGCUCUCAAAGAUCCUACAAAACAAAGAAAACCGCGAAAACAAUUAGAUCUUAGUAAUAUUACGCCGAGAAGAAGUUCGCGCAAUAUUAAACGAACAAGCUACAUAGAGAAAGAAAUAGAAGAGGAAGUAGACGACGAUGGAUCUGAUAUAGAAGAGAUUAAGCCAGAAGAUCCAUUAGCUGGUAUCGACAGUAAGGACAAGGAAAACUCUAAACUGAAAUCACCAGUGAAGAACAGUAGUAAAACUACCAUCGUUGUUAACGAUACUAAGCGUCUGGUGGAGAUCGCCGCUGGUAGUAAAUCUAUCAAGGGUGGAAAGAAAGAACCUACAUUAGUCAUAAUAGAUACAAAUUCAAUUCUUUCAGGACGCGGUGGAGUCCCUGUGAGUAACAGCAAGCCUCAUCAUUCUAUCUCCAAUUCUAGCUCCUUUUCAGUUGUUCCGGUGGGUGGUAUGACAACACAGACAAUGUAUCCCAAUAUGAGGACGACCAUCACACCAGUACCAAUGACUUCGAAGACGGCACAACUGAGUCCGAAAACUAGUAGUAUGACUACGGUUACGCCGACAGUACCGCCGAUUUUACCGACACUGACCGAUGACAUGUUUGUGGUUGAAGCACCAUCCUUCAUAGUACCUUACGUAUACGAGAAACCACCUUUAAGACCGUUAAAAGAAUUUGUCGCCAAAUUGGAGAAAAAUAUUGAGGAGAGGGAAAAGGAAGAGAAGUUGAAAAGAGUCGUCGACGAAAAUAAGGAUAAUGAAGAGCAUAAGGAGGAUUCUUUAGAUAUUAAUAAAAAAGGCAAUGAAAAGUCUGAUGAGAGUGAAAGCGAGGGACGAAGCAAGAGAGAGGGAGACGACAGAGGAAGUGACAAUUCAAUAGACCUGACCGAGCAUGGAUUUAGUAGUAUAAGUGACAGACAAGGCGAACUAAGGCAAGAUGACAGAAAUAAAGUACCGACAUACUUCGAUUUGCCAUUGGGCAAGUUUUUCAUGCAGAUCGGGAUGAAUCUUGUACAGGAGUUUGUGCAAACUGAUCUCUUACGGACUCAAAAGCGUAAGCAAGGCAAGGGUAGCACAUCGGUCGAAACUCAAUUAGCUAUAAAUUCGCUUAUCAAGAAUCUAGAGUUUAGUAAAGAGAAUAACGAACCAUUCCAUUUAGAGAUGAAGAAAUGUGAGUUCUGUAGUUUUAAAACAGAAUCGACAUUAGUCAUGCAGCAUCAUUUAGAGACUCCACAUAUGCGCAACUAUGUUUACAAGUGUAACUUCUGUCCGAUGGAGGUUCGUAGUCCCCACGAUAUUCUAUAUCACAUGGAGGCAGAGCACAAUACUCGCGGUAGACUGGAGCGUGGCCCGGCUUUCCAUCAGUGUCCAAACUGUCCGUUCGAGGACAAUCAGAAGGGCAAAUUGACGCGACACAUUCUCGCCUGUACGAAGAAGUUCAGACCGGAGAGAAACUUGGAGCCUGCCGCGGACUGGGAGCCGCCGGCUAAAAUACCGAGACUAAAUCGUGCGCGACCCGUCGGCCCGACUAAUCCGAAUGCGCUCGCCGCUAUGGCGAUGAGCGCUAAGGGGCCGCAACCGCUGCUACCAAAAUUACUACCAGCGCCGAUCACAGGUCGUGGAAGAGGGCGACCGCCGAUGCAGCCGAGAUAUUCCGAUCUGAAAACGUUGCGGCCGGGUGCCACUGCAAUGCGGCAAGACAAUGUUGCAGGAAUGAUGUAUCGUCCUACAUCUUCCGGUUUAUUGGUACCCACGUCAUACCAGUUUGGUAGUAAUCAAAUAUUCCAGGUGGUGGGUGGUUCUGGGACUGUCAUGUCGGCUGUCUCGGGAGUGAGUAGCAGUAGCGGCGGCAGUUCCGGUCAACCCACACCAAUUGCACUUGUACCCAACGUAAUCGACUCUCUGUCUAGGUUGUCCUCAUCACAGAACACAACAACCAGUCCGAAAAAUCCCACAGCAAAGCUGUUGAGUCAGCCAAGUAUAUCUAUUACUCCAUUACCACGUACGACAUCUCAAACCUCCAUUCCAGGAUCAGGAACUUCUUCAAAAUCUGGAGGAAAAAAUACAUUUGUUAUAUGUGAAAUUUGUGAUGGAUAUAUUAAGGAUCUAGAACAAUUACGAAAUCACAUGCAAUGGAUCCACAAAGUAAAAAUACAUCCAAAGAUGAUUUACAAUAGACCUCCAUUAAACUGCCAGAAAUGCCAAUUCCGAUUUUUUACAGAUCAGGGUUUGGAAAGACACUUGUUGGGAUCUCACGGGCUGGUCACAUCCAGCAUGCAAGAAGCGGCGAAUAAAGGAAAGGAUGCAGGUCGUUGUCCGGCUUGUGGCAAAGUAUAUCAAUGGAAAUUAUUAAAUCAUGUUGCUCGAGAUCACGGAAUGACAUUAAAGCCAGCACAUCUAUCGUAUAAGUGUACAGUUUGCACUGCCACAUUCGGAAUGUACAAGCAAUUCGAGAAUCACGUGUACUCAGCGCACAGUGUCGUUGCGAAGAGAGUAAUGGAUAAGAAGAAUGCGCCUGCAUCUCCAUCGUCCAGAUCGAAUGACUCGCUUCUAAAACCAUUGAAGAUUAACGAUGAGAUUACGAUUAUCCCGCAACCGGCGAAACCCACAACUAGAUCCGGCGCGACUCAAGGCAGGGGAAAAUAGCAAUGAUGAGCUUGAGUGAUACCUGUGUCUUGUCUGAUCGAAUUUUGCAUAACUCUUUGUGGUACUCCAUACCAAUCACUGGCAAAUGUACAGUGAUUAAUGUGCCGUGUACAUGUGUAUACUAUGCUUAAGACGCGAAUUUUAAAAACAUCUAAAGGGGAAAAAAAGGAAAAAAAAAAGGAAAGAAAACAUGACUCUUAUGACGACAGGAAUCUAAUUGACUGCGUAACAAUAUUCCAUCAAUGAUUACACCGAUAUAUUUAUUUAAGAAUUUUUAUUGUUGUUAUCGGACCUACAUAAAAUAGACUGUAAAAAAACAUUAAAGGGUGGCCUUCAGUCUGACUCCUUGGUUAACUCCUAGAGCUGCAUACUCCCGACCUAUAAACGCCUAUGUGUAACACGGACUCUCUCGCACACGAUAUACAGAGUAUAUCUACAUUCGAUACGUCGCAACGCGUGCGGAUUAUUCUAUUACAUAGCGAAUUCUCUAUAAUGUAAAUUCUUUUUCUAA